AGGAAGCGGCGGCGCGCGGCCCCGCUCCAUCAUGGCGGCUCCGUGAGGCGCCCCCCCGCCCGGCCGCCCCGGCCCCCCCGGCCCUCGACCCCCGCCCGGCCCCGGGGGGGGCGCCGCCCCCAUGGACAGGAACUACCCGGCCGCCGGGUUCGGGGACCCGCUCAGCGCCGGGCCCGGCUGGAGCUACGAACGCUCGGCCAAGGCCAGCCUGGUGUACGGGGGCUCGCGGGGGUCCCACCCUGACCCCGACCUGCUGCACCGGCAGCCCUACGGCGCCCCGCACCCGCUGCAGGGCUAUGCGGCCAACCACCACCCGCCAGGGCUGUCGGGGCUCUUCGAGACGGGGCUGCACCACGCGGGGGGCGCGGCCCCCGACGCCUCCGUCAUGAACCUGAUCUCGGCGCUGGAGUCGCGGGGACCCCAGCCCGGACCCUCGGCCUCGUCCCUGCUGUCCCAGUUCCGCACGCCCUCCUGGCAGACUGCCAUGCACACUCCAGCUCCGGCCGAGCUCUUCAUCUCGGGGGCGCUGCCGGGCUCGGGCACCUUCCCGUCCUCGUCGGCGCUCGGCCCCUACCAGCACCCGGCGUCCUUCGGCGGCCGCAGCUUCCCGGUGGGGUCCCCGCUGAGCCUGCCCGAGGCCGCCUUCAGCCCCGGCUCCAACGGGCUGCUGUCCCCGCACGACCCGCUGCUGCACAUCAAGCCCACGCAGCCCGCCGUGCCCUCCUCGCUGGGCUUCGACCGCCUGGGCUCGGCCGUGCUGGGCUCGGCGCUGCCCGCGCAGACCCCUCCGUACCGGCCGGCUCCCAGUUCGUCCCAGUUCAACCUGCUGGCGGCCGCCGAGCAGCCGCCCCAGCUCUACAACGCGCCCGUGUUCGGCGGCGCCAACGCGGCGGGCGGCGGCGACCGCGCCAUAUCGCGGCAGGACAGCGUCAUCAAGCACUACCAGCGGCCCGGCGGGGCCCAGCCGCAGCUGCCGCCGGCGCCGGGGCUGCAGCACUACCUGAGCUGCGGCGGCUCCUACCAGCAGGUGCCGGCGCACCGCGCCCCGCUCUCCUGCAGCCCGCUGGGCGAGCAGUCGCCCGCCAGCUCCGAGGGCUCGCAGCAGCAGCCGCCCAAGGCGGCCCCGCCGGCGCCGCGCCCCGAGCCGGGCUACCGGCCCAUCAUCCAGUCGCCGGGCUACUCCGGGGGAGCCGCGGCCGCCGCGGGCAACGGCGGCGCGGGCGGCGGCAACGGCGGCAAGUCCAAGAGCUACUCGGCGUCGCGGCAGCCGCCGCGCUCCACCAACACGCCCAAGUGCCAGAGCAGCUACACGCCCAGCACGCCCAAGCCCAGCUCCGUCAUCGCCAGCCAGUCGCCCGCCUACUCGCCGGGCCAGCCGCCGCAGAGCCUGCUGGCCAUGGGGGCAGCGCCCGGCUACAGCGCGCCCGGCGCGCCGCAGAGCCUGGCGGGCACGGCGCAGCCCGCGGGCGGCUUCAGCGGCGCGCAGCCCGCCGAGCUGGCGGCCAAGGGCGGCGGCUACCAGCAGGGCGGGCAGGGCGGCGGGCAGGCCGGGCUGCAGCCCUGCGUCAGCGGCGCGGGCACCUACUCGCCCGAGCAGCUGCAGGCGCUGCCCUACGGCGUGCAGCCCGAGGGCGGGCAGGCGGGCGGCUACGGGCCGCCGGCCCCCUCGCAGGGCUUGCCCACCGCCAGCCCCUCGCUGAGCUACAGCACCGGGCACUCGCCCGCCAUGCCCGGGCCGCCGCUGCCCUACGCCGGCCUGGGCGGCUCCAGCCCCUCGCCCAUCAUCCGCCCGCUGCAGUCGCCGCCCGCCGCCCGGCCGCAGAGCGGGGCCUCGCCGGGCCAGUCGCAGAAGUACCUGGGCUCGGUGCUGUCGCCGUCCUUCAUGGCCCCGCAGGGCUACGGCGCGGCGCCGGGCGGGGGGCUGGAGCGGCAGCCGCCCCCCGCCCCGCCGGGAGCGCCCCCGAGCUUCGGCAAGGGGGGCAAGGGCGAGGCGGAGCUGCUGGCGGCCGAGCGCAGCGAGGACGAGGAUUUCCUGAUCCAGCACCUGCUGCAGGCGCCCAGCCCGCCCCGAGAGGGGCUGGGGGGCUGCGAGGAGCGCCCCAAAACCCUGGGCGGCUACGGCGGGGCGCUGGGCAAGGAGGAGCGCUACCAGCUGCAGAGCGUCAUCCGGCCCAACUCCAACCUGGAGGCGCCGCUGGAGCUGGCGCUGCUCAAGGAGAAGAAGAAGCCGGAGAGAGGCAAAGAGUUCCGGGGGGCUGGCGGCGCGGGAGCGGGCGGCGAGGUGGCGGCCACCUCGGUGGUGCACUACGGCCACCAGCCGCCGCCCGCGCUCGACUCGUACGAGCUGAAGAAGCCGCCCGAGCACCUGGCCGGCGGCAAGGAGCUGGGCCAGCCGCCGCCGCCGCACUCGUACCUGCCCAAAACGCCCGAGCACGGGCGGCUGGUGGGCGAGGGACCCCCGCUGGAGCCCCACAACCUGCUGCUGGACCCCUCCCCGGAGCUGGGCGGCUCGCUGCUGCCCUCGGUGCUGACGCACACGCAGAGCCAGCUGCACCCGCGGCCCAAGGCCAGAGCCCCGCUGGACGUUCACCUGCUGGAGCAGCAGAGGAUGCCGCCGCCGCCGCCGCCGCCCCCCGCGCCCCCCGCCGCUCCCCCGGCCCCUCCGGCCGCCCCCUCCCCGCAGCUGCUGCUGGAAGCUCACCUGCACCAGGUGCGCUCGCAGGGGCUGGACCCCCAGGCCCCGCCGCCGCUGCCCCCCGACUCCAUGGAGGUGCUGCCCCCUCCCCAGGAGAUCCAGGACUUCUUGGAGCCCCCUCUGGGCUUGGAACCGCACCUGGGGCAGAGCGCGGGGGUGCAGGGGCCGCCCGGGCACCUGCUGGACCCCGAGGGGGUGGUCCCGGCCGUGCCCCCCGAGGCCAAGGACCAGUUUUCGGAAGGGGGGAGCCCCGCGGGGGGCAAGGGCCGCUUCGUGCCCCUCACGUCCAUCUGCUUCCCGGACGCUCUGCUGCAGGACGAGGACCGCGGCUUCUUCCCCGGCAUGGAGGACAUGUUCGGACCCCCGCCCGAGGAUUUCCCCAAGCCCGCCGAGGAGGAGGAGGAGGAAGGCAGCGCCAACACCGCCGGGCUGGAGGGGCGGCCCGAGGGCAUGAAAGCUCCCCCUCCGUACGACAUGGGGCAGAGCUACCCCGCGUUCUGCCCGCAGGACGGGGCCGCUGCCGGGGACCCCCCCCAGCUGGGGCUGGAGCCCCCCAAACACGAGUUGCCCUCCACGGUGAACGCCGAGCCGCUGGGCUUGAUCCAGAGCACGGGCGACGGGGGUCCCAAGCCCCCUCCUCCGCCCCUCAGCACGCCGUUGUUCUGCUCCUCCAAACCCAAAAAGCUGCUGAAAACUUCCUCCUUCCACCUGCUGCGCAAGCGGGACCCCUUCCCGCCCCCCAAGAAGACCUACGCGCAGGAGUACGAGUUCGAGGAUGACGAGGACAAGGCCGACGUGCCCGCCGACAUCCGCCUGAACUCGCGGCGGCUCCCGGACCUGCUGCCCGACCUCAUCUCCAGCUGCCGCCGCCCGCCGCUCACGCCCAUGGGCGACAUCGACUUCUGUCCCCACCCCGGCGCCCACCCCGCGCCCAAGAAGCGCGGCCGCAAACCCACCAAGCCCAAGCGGGAGGGGCCGCCCCGGCCCCGGGGCAGGCCGAGGAUCCGGCCCCUGGAGCCGCCCGGCUUCCCCGAGGGAGCCAAGAGGCCGCGGGGCCGCGGCCGGGGCCGGGGCAAGAGGGCCGGGGAGGACGGAGAGGGCGCGGAGCCGCUGCGGCCGCUCAAGAUCAAGCUGGCUGUGUCCAAAGCAGACCCCUCGGCCGCCCCCGGCCCCGGCGGCGCCCCCCACGCCCCAGCGCCGUUCCCGGGGGUCCCGGAGCCGCCGCCGGAGCCGGCGCCCGGCCGCGGGAAGCCGAAGGCGCGCGAGGCCGAGGAGAAGCCCCCCGAGGUCAAGUCGGGCUUCAUGGCCUCCUUCCUGGACUUCCUGAAGGCGGGCAAGCGGCAGCCGCUGCCCCCCAGCCCCUCCAAGCCCCCCAAGCUGGGGCCGCCCCCCGGCUUCCCCCUGGGGGGGCCCCUGGAGGGCGGCGAGGGCGAGGGGCUGGUCAUGGCGUGCCCCUCGCCCUGCAAGCGCCUGGACGAGGAGCUCAAGAGGAACCUGGAGACGCUGCCCUCCUUCUCCAGCGACGAGGAGGACUCGGUCAGCAAGAACCAGGACCUGCAGAAGAGCAUCAGCUCGGCCAUCUCGGCGCUGGACGAGCCCCCCGAGCGCAGGGAGCCCCCCGAGCCGCAAGAGGGUACCCAGGGGGUCAUAGAGAGCAUCCAGGGGGUCUUAGAGAGCUGCCAGGACCUGCAGAGCAGCAUCAGCCCCAUCCUGGACGAGCCCCCCGAGCGCAGGGAGCCCCCCGAGCCGCAAGAGGGUACUCAGGUGUUCAUAGAGAGCAUCCAGGGGCUGCUAGGGAGCUGCCAGGACCUGCAGAGCAGCAUCAGCUCGGCCAUCUCGGCGCUGGACGAGCCCCCCGAGUGCAGGGAGCCCCCCGAGCCGCAAGGUGAGAGAUACCGACCUGCCAGGACCUGGGGGAGGGUGAUAGAGAGCACCCAGGGAUUCAUAGAGAGCAUCCAGGGGGUCAUAGAGAGCUGCCAGGACCUGCAGAGCAGCAUCAGCCCCAUCCUGGACGAGCCCCCCGAGCGCAGGGAGCCCCCCGAGCCGCAAGGUGAGACCCAUACUGACCUGCCAGGACCUGCCAGGGGUGCACAGGGGGUCAUACAGAGUACCCAGGGGGUCAUAGAUAGCUGCCAGGACCUGCAGAGCAGCAUCAGCCCCAUCCUGGACGAGCCCCCCGAGUGCAGGGAGCCCCCCGAGCCGCAAGCAUCAGCUCGGCCAUCUCGGCGCUGGACGAGCCCCCCGAGCGCAGGGAGCCCCCCGAGCCGCAAGGUGAGAGAUACCGACCUGCCAGGACCUGUAGGGAACUGCCCGGGGGUCAUAGAGGGUACCCAGGGGGUCAUAGGGAGCUGCCAGGACCUGCAGAGCAGCAUCAGCUCGGCCAUCUCGGCGCUGGACGAGCCCCCCGAGCGCAGGGAGCCCCCCGAGCCGCAAGCCGCCCCCCCGCCGGAGGAGCCCCCCCCGCCCCCUCCCCCCGCCCCCCCGGAGCCCCCCCAGCCCGAGCCCGCCCCUCCCCCCCCCGCGGCCGCCCCCCCGAGCCCCCCCGCGGGGCCGGGCGGGGGCGGGGCGGGCCCCGGGGGGUCCCCGAGCCCCCCGCGGGGGUCCCCGGAGCCCCCCGAGGCGCCGGACGCGCGGGCGCUGCACCUGGCGCAGAAGCAGGGCACGGCCGCCGUGUGCGGGGACACCAGCGACGAGGAGGAGAGCGGCGGGGAGGGCAUCUUCAGGGAGAGGGACGAGUUCGUGGUGCGCGUGGAGGACAUCCCCGCCCUCCGGCUGGCGCUGCAGACGGGCCGGGAGCCGCCCCCCAUCUGGCGGGUGCAGAAGGCGCUGCUGCAGAAAUUCACCCCCGAGAUCAAGGACGGGCAGCGGCAGUUCUGCGCCACCAGCAACUACCUGGGCUAUUUCGGGGACGCCAAGCACCGGUACCAGCGGCUCUACGUGAAGUUCCUGGAGAACGUCAACAAGAAGGAUUACGUGAGGGUGUGCUCCAGGAAACCCUGGCACCGCCCGCUCGCCCUCAGGAGACAGAACCACCCCAAGCCCAGCGCCCCCAAGCCCCCUCCGCCCCCCAGAGCCGAGCCCCCCGAGAAGCCCCCAAAACCCGAGAGAGCCCCCAGACCCGAGAAGCCCCAAAGGGCCGAGAAGCCGCCCCGGAGCGAGCCCGCCCGCCCCCCCCCCGCGCCGGCCGCGGGGCCCCCCCGGGCCCCCCCCGGCCCCCCCAAAAGCAAGGCCAAGCCCCCCAAGGUGAAGGCGGAGCCGCCCCCCAAGAAGAGGAAAAAGUGGCUGAAGGAGGCGGCGAGCACGUCGGAGUCGGAGUCCAGCGCCGACCCCCCGAGCGAGGAGGAGCGGGCCCCGCCCGGGCGGGUGCUGAACACGCGCGCCAUGAAGGAGAUGUACCGCAGCUACGUGGAGAUGCUGGUCAGCACCGCCCUGGACCCCGACAUGAUCCAGGCCCUGGAGGACACCAACGAUGAGCUGUACCUGCCCCCCAUGCGGAAAAUCGACGGCAUCCUCAAUGACCACAAGAAGAAGGUGCUGAAGAGGGUGACGCUGAACCCCAGCCUGCAGGAGGCCCUGCACACGUUCCCGCAGCUGCACGCCGAGCCCGGCGAGUCCCUGGUGCGCCUGCGCCCGGGGGGGGACCCCUACAACCGCAAAACGCUCAGCAAGGUCAAGAGGAGCGUGGGGAAGCCCCAGGAGUUCAAGGUGGAGGUGGAGAAGUCGUUCCUGUACACGCUGUACCACUCGCUGCACCACUACAAGUACCACACCUUCCUGCGCUGCAAGGACGAG